AUGGAGCAUUAUGACAAGAUCUUCAAUGUCAAUCUGAAGGCGAGCAUCGGCAAAGGCACCGAGGCAAAGGAAAAACUUCGCAGAAUAGAAGAGAUGCUCCCGAUGGGAAGAGUGACGGAGCCAGAAGAUAUUGCCAAUGCAGCCUGGUUCUUGGGAUCUGAGCAGAGUUCAUUUAUGACAGGAGCAACAGUCGCAGUGGACGGGGGACGAGGAGUGUAG